CCUGCCCACUCGGGGCCUAUCAGCCGCUAGCAGGACAGGAGCACUGCAUCCCCUGCAGCCCAGGAUUCUACAGCAAUUUGACGGGCAGUCCAGUGUGUCAGUCUUGUCCACUUGGCUUCUUCAAUAAUGCCUCAGGAUCUACCACCUGCAGCAGCUGUUCCCCAGGGUUCUAUGCCUCCAGGCAAAAUGCCUCAUCAUGCAGUCCCUGUGCUCAAGGAACCUACUGCAAGCAUGCACAAGGAUCCUGUCCAGCUCCUGUGUCAGAUCUGCAGCAGUGGCUUCUAUCAAAUCCGUUGGGGUCAAGCGAGCUGUGACGUCUGCCCAGAAAACCACUACUGCCCGAGCCCAGAUGUGAGCCCCAUCCAGUGUCCAGCGGACGCCUUCUGCCCCGAGGGCAGCACAGCUCCUGGGUACUGCAUGGAGACGUUCUUCCGGAAGGUGGGCGAGACUUGCGAACUGGCCCCCGUCACCAUCGCACUGCUGGUCAUCGGAGGAGGAGUGGCUCUGCUGUUUAUCGUCCUGCUGGUGUUGCGGCGGAGACGCGAGGUGGACGGGGAGCUGUCUCUGUCACGUGCGCCGCUGCUCAGGAAGGAGCGCCCUGCUGGACGCUUCUACGGCCUGCCCUGCGACGCCGAGCCCGUCUACGCCGGCUGGUGACCCCUGAACCCCUCUAUGCCGGCUGGUGACCCCUGAACCUGUCUAUGCCGACUGAACCCACAUCAUGACCUCUGCACCAGAGCUUUAUCUCCUCUACUCUACCAGUGACUGAUACAGAAACACACACACACACACCUCACACACACACACACACACACACACACACCUGGGCCCUGUUACAUCACACAUCAUUUGUAUGAACAAAUGUCUCUGUCUGUUACACAAAACUGCAGGAGCAUUCCAUCUCCUUGACCUUGUCAAAUGUGUUUUAUCUCUGUCUGACGGCAGAUUGUCCUGAUAGCUGAUCGACAUUUGAGGAUUGCUUUGUAUGGAUGUCUGUGCUAGCGGUUGCUUUGUAUGGAUGUCUGUGCUAGCUGUUACUUGUCCCCUUUCUUAUUUUGUUUGAUUGUUGCAGUUUUGCACUGGGCUUUAACGCAAAGCCAUGCCGAUGCCUCACCAUGCUUGGGUACGCUCCAGGCAGAUCGUCUGUUUUGGGGCCUCAAAGUAUAUAUAUUUUUUUUUUACUCUGUCUCCCUGGUACUGUGCCUUAUGUGUUUCACUAUUUUAUGUAUUUAAAGUGUUGCUUCCCAAAAAAUCCUUUCUAUUCAAGAAAUGUAACAUUAUUUGAAAGAGGUAUGUUUUAAAGAAAAUAUAGUCAUUCCAGAGAAGAUGCUGGAAUCAAAUCAAAUAAAAUUGCACUAUCAUGUG